UCGGGCUGGGUGGGGGGCGGCGACGAAGAGGUCUGGAAGAUUGGAGAGCUGGGACUGAUGGCUACCGGGCAGCCGCCCUGUGGUGGCGAGCGCUUCCUCCUAAGGUGCUGUCACGGUCCUAUGCUGUUUAUUUACGCCCUGUACUUCUGGGGCAGCUCUGGAAAGAGGAAGGAGAAAAUGAAAGUAAACGCAGGCUGAGUUUGCUGCCGGGCUCUGCUCUGGACCGGGCUUUUUCCAUCCCAACAUCCCCUGAAUGUCUUUCCGCCUCUGCUCCUUAUAUUUCACCAACCCACCUCACAGCCAGUGGCAGUUAGGGCCCAUUACGCAAACGCUUUGGACAACAACUUCGGUGCUUGGUAUUCAGAAUACACUGCAGAUGUGGAUCUCAAAGAAGGAGGUUUUGUACAUUUUAUAGCAGAUACAGCUAAUUAGAUGUUAAGGUUUAACAAGGGAUGCCUGGUGACUAUCGAGGCCCCUGGGCUAAAUGACAUUCCCUGUAGGGUACAAGGGUGAGUGGGUGUGGGGUGAGUGGGUGUGGGGCGUGUAUUCGCGACGCUCCCUCAGACACUCUCUGCAAAGGCCCUGUUUGUGGUUGUCCCCCGUUGAGGAAACAAAAUUGUGAGUCAGCCGUUUAAGAAUGUGCAACCAGGAAGUGACAGUCAAAAGCUGCCUAGCCAGAAACUCAAAGCUGAGUUCAUAGUUCACAGUUUUCAACCGCACUGCUUCAAUAAAAACCAGCAGGGGUAUGGAGAGAAUGAACAGAACGAACAGUGCGUGUGGGGUGACCAGCCGCACCUGGGCUAAAGAAAGUCAGAUGGACCAAGACAAAGAAAUCCACUUUUCUUCUUAAAGAAGCUUGCACUCCCCACUACCCCAGAAGCUGCCAAUUACUAGAUGAGAUGUCAGAAGACAGAACAUAUCGGCCCAAUCCCUACCCCAAGACUCUCUUCACGUCCUAAAGAAACACACGUGUUAACUUCUCAAGGAAAAGGCAUUGACUAUCAUGGAGACCACAGGUCCUAACACACCCCAGCGUGGCUCCGCAUCAGCAGGUGGUCAGAGGACUGUUGGCAAAGAUUUGUUGAUCAAAGCUGUUAACGAGGGAGAUGUUGGCAGGGUUCAGCAGUUGUUAGAACAAGGGGCUGAUGCCAAUGUCUGUGAAGAAUCUGGGGGCUGGACACCUUUGCACAACGCAGUGCAGACUGGCAAGGUAGACAUUGUGAAUCUCCUGCUUCAUCAUGGUGCUGACCCUCAUCGGAGGAAGAAAAACGGGGCCACCCCCUUCAUCGUUGCUGGGAUUAAUGGAAACGUGGAUCUGCUCAAGAUUCUCCUCUCUCGAGGCGCAGACAUCAAUGAGCGUGACUCAAAUGGAUUCACAGCUUUCAUGGAAGCUGCUGAGUAUGGUAAAGUGGAAGCCUUAAGAUUCCUUUUUGAUAAUGGAGCCGACGUGAAUUUGAGGCGUCAGACAUCGGAGGACAAAGUGCGAUCGAAGCAAGGAGGCGCCACAGCUCUCAUGAGCGCUGCCGAGAAGGGUCACCUGGAAGUCCUGAGAAUUCUCCUCAACGACAUGAAGGCAGAAGUCGAUGCUCGGGACAACAUGGGCAGAAAUGCCUUGAUCCGUGCGCUGCUGAACCAAAAUUGUAAAGAUGUGGAGGAGAUUACUUCAAUUCUGAUCCAACACGGGACUGAUGUUAAUGUGAAAGGAGAAGGAGGGAAGACACCCCUGAUCUCAGCAGUGGAGAGGGAGCACACAGGAUUGGUGCAGAUGCUCCUGAGUCAGGAGGGCAUAAACAUGGAUGACAGGGACAACGAUGGCAAGACAGCUCUGCUAAUUGCCGUUGAAAAGCAACUGAAGGAAAUCGUCCAGUUGCUUCUUGAAAAGGGAGCCGAUACCAAGUGUGGCGAUCUUGUUGGGAUAGCCAGGAGGAAGUACAACCCUUGCCUUAUAAAUAUUCUUCAGCUUUACGAAGCUAAUCAUGACACUAACCCUCUGGCUGGAGACUGGUUGCCUCACAGUUCACGCUGGGGGGAAGCCUUGAAAAGACUCCACAGUAUACAUCAACCCAUGAUUGGCAAACUCAAGAUCUUCAAGGAUGAUGACUAUAAAAUUGCCGACACUUCCGAAGGGGCUGUCUACCUAGGGAUCUAUGACCAUUGGGAGGUGGCUGUGAAGGUCUUCUGUGAGAAUAGCACACGUGGACUUAAGGAAGUCUCUUGUCUGCGGGACUGCCGUGACCACAGUAACUUAGUGGCUUUCUAUGGAAGUGAGGACCACAAGGGUUGUUUGUAUGUGUGUGUGUCCCUGUGUGAGUGGACACUGGAAGAGUUCCUGAAGGUGCCCAGAGAGGAACCUGUGGAGAACGGCGAAGAUAAGUUUGCCCACAGGGUCCUAUUGUCUAUAUUUGAGGGUGUUCGAAAGCUGCACUCUCAUGGAUAUGCCCAUCAGGACCUGCAACCACAAAACAUCUUAAUAGAUUCCAAGAAAGUUGUUCGGCUGGCAGAUUUUGAUCAGAGCAUCCAAUGGACCGGAGAGUCACCAAUGGUGAAGAGAGACUUGGAGGAUCUUGGACGGCUGGUUCUCUAUGUGGUAAAGAAAGGUGAGAUCCCCUUUGAGACACUAAAGGCUCAGAAUGACGAAGAGUUGGUUGCAAUAUCUCCAGAUGAGGAGACUAAGGACCUCAUUCACUGCCUGUUUUCUCCUGGAGAAAAUGUAGAGAACUGUCUGACGGACCUCCUUGGCCAUCCUUUCUUUUGGACUUGGGAGAACCGCUUCGGAACACUUCGGAAAGUGGGAAAUGAAUCCGACAUCAAAGUACGAAAGAAUACAAGUGCGCUUCUCAAACUACUGCAGCCUCAGACGCUCGAGACUUCUAGAAGCUUCGAUCAGUGGACAUCUAAGAUUGACAAAUAUGUUAUGGAUGAAAUGAAUGAUUUCUAUAAAAAGAACCAAAACUUUUAUCAGGAUACUGUAGGUGAUCUACUGAAAUUUAUUCGGAAUAUAGGAGAACACAUCAAUGAGAAAAAAAAUAGAAAAAUGAAGGCGAAACUUGGAGACCCUUCUCGUUAUUUUCAGGAGACAUUUCCAGAUCUUGUAAUCUAUAUCUACAAGAAACUAAAGGAAACAGAAUACAGAAAACACUUUCCUCAGGCCCCACCACACCUCAGCCUGCCAGAGGCAGCGGGACCAGGGGCCACACAGAGCUGAGUCCUGCAAGUUCAUGGGACCAUUUUUUCAUCAGUAUAGUUCUUGGCAAGUUGUACAUUUCUGGUCUCUUAAGCAGCCCGGUUGCUUGUGAGCAACGAGUUAGGUAGCCAGUGUGUCAGUUUCUGAUACAGUAAGUUCUAUACAUUUGCACGAUCAUAAAAGCAGUAUACUACAAAACUAUAGUGCUCCAUUUUAGUGGAUGGAAUUGGGAGAACUUUUUGCUAAGAUUUUGUUUAAAAGAACAUUAUUGUGUGUGUGAGAGAGAGGGGGGGGGCUUAGGGGACACAACUGUGAAGUUGGUUUUCUCUUUCUACCUUUAUAUGGGUUCCAGGGAUUGAAUUCAUGCUGUGAGGCUUGAAUCUCUACCCACUGAGUCACGCCCACCAGAAUGAUUCCCAUAUUUAAUUGCCUCAAACAGAAGAGUGUUAAGACUCCGUGGCUGUAUGUUUUCUAUUUAUCUCAUUUAAUCCUUCCAGUGAGCUUACAGGACAGAAUUUAUUGUCUCUAUUAAAGAUCUGAGGCUCAGAGAAUCUGAGUGACUUGCCCAGGAUCACACAAUCUGUGCAAAGCACUGUUAAAAAAAAAAAAAAAAAAGAAUGGAAGACAGGGUGUCAUUAUUGCCUCUCACAUGGGGCCUUCAUCCAGCAUCUCUUCAGGAUGAAAUUCCAGAAUAGGCUUACGCAUGCCAAAAGGGCUCCAGAGAAGCUUCACUAUAAGCACUGUGUAAGCCUAGGUACUAGUUAAACGAAUUCCAUCCCUUCUGGAAGCAUCUGUACUGCGGUCUCAUGACUUCAAGGUAUAGCUCUCACUUGAAGUCAUUUAUCAGUGUCACAGCUGGGGGAGGGGGAUGGCACUACUGGCACUGUGUAAGGAGGAACCAGCAGUGCUAACAAACAUUCUGGGGAUGGAUGGGGCAGCUACCCACAAAGCCACACUGGGCGGAUGACAUAUCGGUGGUGCUGAGGUGGAGAAAGACUGUCUGAAAGGAUUGCUACCCUUCUGAGCUGGCCCUGGAUCCAGGACUGUGGAGGGCAUUGAACACCCCCAGAAGAAUGGUGUGGGUGUGUCUUCUUGAUGCUGGGUCUGAGAUGAAGCAGCUCCUUCUGGUGUCCACCUGCGAGCCCUCAUCUUCCUUCACCUCCCAUGCUCCGUGGUGCAAUGCUCUAUUUGGUAAACUCUCUAGCUCCCUGACACACAGUCACCCCAGUGCACCCUUCAUUCUACCGUUGUGCCCCAGCCCUCCUCCAAUCAAAGCCCUGUCCUUAGGGCCUCUGUAUCUUAGUAAAAAUGCUUGUUCCGUGGUAAUGCUUGAUAAAUCUUCACUGAAUAAUCAAUGGACCAUUUUUGUACAUGAUGAUGAUGAUGAUGAUGUAAAUUGUAUGGUGCUUUAAAAUUUAUACAUUAUAUCUACAUAUUUUAAAAUUUAAUUUUGUUUUGAAAGCAGUACUGUAAGGUAAACACUGAAAUCUUUAUUUUGGCAAUGAGGAAAGUAGGGCUUGAAAUAUUCCUAUUUACUGUAGGCAUAUGGCAUGGAGGGGCCACUGCCUAGAUUUGGACAGACUUUCUGGUGUGACAUCUGAUGCUCUUCUCACCUAUCGUCAUAGUGGCUAAGAUGCAACUUUUGAAAUGGGAAUUAAAUGCUGUCUUAGAUUCCUUCCAAAAGGGGGUGUCUGGAAGCAGAUAGGUGGCUGUCACUGUAAGGAGUUAAGGUACACUGGAAGAAACAAAGUGACAGUUUAAAAGAUGGCUUUUAAAAAUUUAAAACUUAAAAAGGUUUUAGAAUUGAGUUUUGUUAUCAAUCAAAAUGUCUAUGUGUGAAGAAUACAUAAUAAAAUUUGAAUCAUUUUAUUAAGUUG